GUCCUGUUUCCAAAGCUUUUCUCCUUAACCUACAUCAAUAAAUACCACCAUGACUAGAACGAAUACACUGCGCCAGUAGGCAGCACACGGUGGCAGAUAUAUUGGGCAGUUUUUGAUUGACCCAAUUUUUUGUCGUCAGCCAACCUGACCACUUUGUGAAAGCGCAUUCAUUCUCUGCCGCCUCUUGCUUCUUUCCUCCUUGCCAGUAUCGCUAUUUUCUCUCUCUAUUCCUUCUCCUUCUCCGCAACCUCCCUCCUCCAAUUCCUUCUCUUUGUGAAAUUCGCGAAAGAUGACUACAGCCUGGCUUCCCUCGUUCCUUCGCAGCCCUAUUGUCGCGCUGAUUGGCGACCAAUGCACGGUGACGCUCAUUGACAACCUGAACCUGUUCGAGCCCGAGUGCCUCAAGCACGCAAUCUCCAAGGGCCUGGGACUGGGCAUUGUGGUCGGUGGAUGCAUUGUAAAGCUGCCGCAGCUGGCCAAGAUCCUGCAGUCGCGCUCGGUGGCUGGUAUCAGCCUAACCGCAUAUGUACUCGAGACCAUCUGCAACAUCAUCACCAUUGCCUACAACCUCCGUAACGGCUAUCCGUUCACGACUUACGGUGAGGCCGUGUUCAUUGGCGUGCAGAACUACAUCAUCACGCUGCUGAUUCUAAUGUUUACGGGCCGCGCGACCCUGGGCAUGGCAGCUGGUGCCCUGAUGCUGGUGUUCACGUACUCGCUGUUCGACCCGUCGUUUGUUGGUUCUGAGCUUCUGUCGACGCUGUACAGCCUGACCAUCCCGCUGGUUGUCUCAUCCCGCAUCCCGCAGAUCUACACGAUCCACAAGAAUGGAUACACUGGUCAGCUGUCGGCGUUUGCCGUGUUUAACUACUUCCUGGGAACCGCUGCACGGCUGUACACGACCCUGGUCGAGGUCGACGACUCGCUGGUGCUUAUUGGCACCCUGCUGGCAACCAUUGCCAAUGGUGUGCUGGCAGCCCAGAUGGUCUACUACUGGAACGCAUCGGCGCCCGAGGAUCAGUACAGUUUCGAGUUGCCCAUGUGGAUGGGUGUGCCGAGGGCCUCCACGGACUCUACUAAGCACUCCAAGCAGCUGUAACACUACCUGUAUUCUAUGGCGAAUUCCAAUAUAACA